CCUCUACCUCCAAAUGCUCCUGAGCCUCUACCUCCAAAUGUUCCUGAGCCUCUACCUCCAAAUGUUCCUGAGCCUCUACCUCCAAAUGCUCCUGAGCCUCUACCUCCAAAUGUUCCUGAGCCUCUACCUCCAAAUGUUCCUGAGCCUCUACCUCCAAAUGCUCCUGAGCCUCUACCUCCAAAUGCUCCUGAGCCUCUACCUCCAAAUGCUCCUGAGCCUCUACCUCCAAAUGUUCCUGAGCCUCUACCUCCAAAUGCUCCUGAGCCUCUACCUCCAAAUGCUCCUGAGCCUCUACCUCCAAAUGUUCCUGAGCCUCUACCUCCAAAUGCUCCUGAGCCUCUACCUCCAAAUGCUCAACUUAUUUACUGUUUGGAAAAUGCCGAUGGAUAA